GAAAGUUAAAAUUUAGGUUGGAAAGGCUUGGGUUAAGGCUUUGGGCUCUCCAAGGCGCGUGACCUAAAUUUGUUCACCUCUUCUCCCUCUGGGCGCCUGGCCAGUUCCCUGGGGAAGAACAGGGAGGAUUUUGUUAGAAGACCAGAUGUUCUUAACAUCGAGAUAAGGAAUGUGAUGCGUUCCGCCCCUCCGGGACCCCUGGCCAGGGCCCGGUUGGGACGUGACUGCAAGCACGUUCAGCCUGUUUCGCGCCAAAAGUACAGGUAGUUUUACUACCUUUGUCUGGAGAGCUAUAUAAACAGCCCGCCGAGCCCAGGCUGCUGCCGCAGUCUCACGCCCGGGACUGAGCCGUGUAGCCGGAGGGACUGCUGAAAAGACCCGGGCUGUGUUGAGAGCGAUGGACUCGAUCCCUCCACCGUUCCCGCGUUGUUGGCAGAGGGCCUAAGGGUGAUUUCCCGGGUAGAGUCCCUCUUGCGGUCAGAGGGCUCCCCUUUUCUUUGUCUCCUCGAUUCUUACUUUCGUUUUCUGUACGUGUAUAUCCUUCAAGAAAUCUUCUCUGUUGUACUUCUUUAAGGCUGGUGGACGUUCUUUUAGCGGAUCGAGCCAAGUUAAUUAAGAGACCGUGCACAGCAAAGGGCAAUAAAUAAAAUUUGUCCUAACAAAUCGGCGUAGUGGGCAGGAUCCGCUGAGACAACGCAGCCAUGCCUUUCUUUCGUAAGAAAACUAAAAUCGCUUGUGUUCCUUGUGAUAUUCCUGGGUGGGAAGACCCGCAGUUUGCCUCCUUAGCCAGACAAUGGGCUAUGGGAACAGGUUUGAGCGAAAAUUGGAGUGGCAAACUGCAGCAGGCAAAUCCCCUGCAAGUUGUUGAAGUGUUGGGAACUGUUCCGGUAGAAAAAGGAGCAGAACUGACAGCUAUCUCCCGCCGAGGAUGGAUUUUGUUGUCUGCUUAUCGAUGUAUGUGUCAGAAAGUAGAAACUUUAAUACAGGAAAAACUUACUUUAGAAAAAGAAAAUGCAGAAUUACAAAGUAAAUUGGCUAUGUUACAGUGUCAAAAUUUUAUAUUGCGGAACCAAGCUCGUGGAUACCAGUCUGUAGCGGAGAAGGCUGCAGUCCGCUGCGCCCGAUAUAAAUAUAAGAAAAGGCGCGGACGAGUGAACUCCCGAAAAGUACGUGCUGUUAUUGCUACGGCUGGAGUAAACUGGGAUCCUGAUACCUGGGAUGGAGAUAUUUGGGAUGAUACUGAUGAUGAUGAAGUCAAUUGGGAUGAUUUAGAGGAGGAGGCACACAAAUAUGAUCAAGAAAACUAUCCCCCACGAGUACAAUCUGGUCCGCUACAAGCUAAACCCCUUCCGCGGCGACAAGAAAAGGUCAGGGGAGAUCAAAGAGAAUAUACUAUGAUUACUGAAGAUUUUUCCCAGCAAGAAAUUACUGAUAUUUUAACUAAAUUCUCCCAAAAGCCCGGAGAGUCUUUGUUAAGUUGGAUGACUAGAAUAACUGACACUGGAGGUGGAGGAAUUAGUGUGGAUCAUGUAGAUGCUCAUAGCACCUUGAAUUCUGCUGAUCCUUUUCAGAUUGCUUUGCUUCUCAGGAUUGAUGAUUACUGUGCUUAUCUGGACUCCAGGACUUCAACUUCAACGGAAGGGCACACCUAAUACUAUAGUUCAAUGGCAAUUCAGAUGGAAAAAUUCCAACAGAGAUCGCCAACAAGAUUCCUAUGUUUGUCCUGCUAAUAAGUCCUGCUACAUGGUGAAUUUUACUGCUGAAUCCGGUGAUACUAUCACAAUGGGAACUCACUCCAAAUAUAGACUUGUUUUAUUUGGUUCUUCUCCUCUUACUAUAACCAUUAGUUCUCUUGUGAAUAUUACUUGCUGUUUUGUAAAUAUUUCUGCUAGCUCUAUCCAACAAAAGAAUUGGCAAAGUACUGCAGAUGCAGAAAAAUAUUGCAUUAGUAAUCAUAGUGAAGAGAAAUAUACAGAACAUAUGAUGAUUAAUGUUACUCAGUUUAUUGUGUGCACAAAUGUUACUCCAAUUACAAAUAGAAUUACAUGGGCAGAUUUGAUAUGGGUAUCAGUUAGUCACCCUCUUACUAAAAUUCCUCAAAUAGUGCAGAUUCCUCGAACUUGUACAAAUACCUCCAUCCUAGCUUCUAAAAGAAUAAUUCAUUUUAAUUUAACUUUUCCUCCUUUACCUGACUGCCACCGAACCAAACAUGUGUGGUAUGAUACUUUAUUAGGAGGAUUAGGAUCUGGGUUUGGAAUAGCUAAUUCAAUAGAUUUGGAAGUUUUGGCUCAUAGAUUAAAGAAUACUGGAAGAGAUAUAGGAGAAGCCAGGACUAUUAAUGCUCGAUGGUUACCCACUACCAUCUUACCUCAUGAGACUCCUUUAAAUUAUCAAAAAUAUAUGUUACAGAUAUUUAAUGACACCAUUAUAAAACAAUAUAAGUUAAACACUAACACAUCUGCCUUAUUCAAUUGGACCAUCUGUUCCCUGCAGAAUUUAUAUGUUUUGAUACAAAAAGAAAAUGCUCAAAGAAUAUUUACUCAAGGGAAUCCUCGAGUUUGGCGUUCAUUAUUUAGUUUACCUGAAACAGUUUGGGUGAUGACCGAUGUUUCUUUGGCAAAUUGUACUAAUUUAUGGUGUGUAGGUAUCAUUAUGUAUUAUACUCCCAUACAAACUAAGAUUUUGUGUGCUUUCCAUACCCUGCCUAUAAUAAUAGAAGAUCACUUGUUACAUCCUCAAAUAGAAGGUACUCAUAUAGAUAAUGAUAAUGUUACUUAUAAAUUAGAAGAAUGUGUUCCUAUAGAUAGAGGUCCCAUAUGUAAUGGUUUAACCCGAAUAGUAGAGCCAUGUUUAUUAUCUCUUUCCACUAAUGUCUGUCUUCUUACUGUGUAUCCUAUUGCUAAUUAUUCUAUUUUAUGUGGGGUGGAAACCCAACACAUAUGUUUAACAGGCACCAAUGAAUCAGAACUCUCCAACAUGGGACUGCCCUCCCCUUUCUCAGGAUGUCUGCAGCAUCUUGAGUUGCUCCAUUGGAACGGUGCUGUUUAUUAUUUGUUGCCCGAUCUAAUGGAUGAUGUUACUCUUCAGUGGAUACCAAAAUACCUUAGGCCACCUCAAAUAUAUUUAGAUCUUUCUUUAUCUGAAAUACUUCGUAAUUCUGCUGAGUUAAAAGCCCACCUACAAAAGAAUGAAAAGGCUUUAGAAGAACAUAGAAUAGCUACCACAACUGUUAAAAAUAAAUUACUAGAUAUACGAAAUGCAGUUAUACAGGAUGCCAAUCAUAGGUGGUGGGAUUUUCUGUUCACUAGUUCUACUGCUCAACAAUAUUUUUCUGUGAUAUUUACUCCUGUGUUAAUGAUUAUUUUGGCUUUGAUAAUUCCUUAUAUCUGUAAUGGUUGGAUGUAUCAAAAGAUGAAAAAUUAUAUCAGUCAUUUGUAUUUCAAAAACUUCAUGUUAACUACGCCUAUGCCUCAACCCAACCCUAGGACCGAAUGUAAAGAAAGUUAAAAUUUAGAUUGGAAAGGCUUGGGUUAAGGCUUUGGGCUCUCCAAGCCGCGUGACCUAAAUUUGUUCUAGGGCGCCUGGCCAGUUCCCUGGGUAAGAACAGGGAGGAUUUUGUUAGAAGACCAGAUGUUCUUAACAUCGAGAUAAGGAAUGUGAUGCGUUCCGCCCCUCCGGGACCCCUGGCCAGGGCCCGGUUGGGACGUGACUGCAAGCACGUUCAGCCUGUUUCGCGCCAAAAGUACAGGUAGUUUUACUACCUUUGUCUGGAGAGCUAUAUAAACAGCCCGCCGAGCCCAGGCUGCUGCCGCAGUCUCACGCCCGGGACUGAGCCGUGUAGCCGGAGGGACUGCUGAAAAGACCCGGGCUGUGUUGAGAGCGAUGGACUCGAUCCCUCCACCGUUCCCGCGUUGUUGGCAGAGGGCCUAAGGGUGAUUUCCCGGGUAGAGUCCCUCUUGCGGUCAGAGGGCUCCCCUUUUCUUUGUCUCCUCGAUUCUUACUUUCGUUUUCUGUACGUGUAUAUCCUUCAAGAAAUCUUCUCUGUUGUACUUCUUUAAGGCUGGUGGACGUUCUUUUAGCGGAUCGAGCCAAGUUAAUUAAGAGACCGUGCACGGCAAAGGGCAAUAAAUAAAAUUUGUCCUAACAGCUGGGAA